AUGGAGGCCGCGGUGGCGGCGUUGGAGGCGGCCGCGGAGAAGAAUGCUGGAGUGGCGGCGGCUGCGAGGGAGGCUGCGGUGGCGGCCUCGGAUGCUGCGACUGGGGCUGCUGGGGUGGCCACGUCUGCCAAGGAGGCUGCGGCGGCGGCCUUGGCUACUGCAAACCAGGCGGCGGCGGCAUUGUCCACAGCGAAAGAGGUCGCGUUGGCGGCGGAGGCUGCUGCGACUAAGGCUGCAGGGGUGGCCAAGGCUGCGAACAAGGCUGCGGCGGCGGCCUUGGCUACUGCAGAUCAGGCGGCAGCGGUAUCGUCGACAGCGAAAGAGGCCGCGAUAGCGGCGGACGCUGCCGCGAAGGAGAAGGAAGCUGCUGCAGCGGAGACCGCGAAGGUGCUGGCGGCUGCGAUACGCUAUUCUAAGAAGCGCAGAUUCCAUCAGAUCGACGACGGAGGGAGUGGUGGCGGCAACCGCGAUGACAGGGGAAACCUCGAUCUCAUCACCGCCUCUCCGACAAGGUCCUCGGCAGCAUCAUCGACCUGCUUCGGGAAGGAGCCGGCAGCUGCUGUAGAGGCGAUCGCGAAGGAGCCGGCGGCGGCAAUGUGCUACUCUAAGAAGCGUACAUUCCAUCAGAUCGACGACGGAGGGAGUGGUGGCGGCAACCGCGAUGACAGGGGAAACCUCGAUCUCAUCAGCGCCCUCCCUGACGAGGUCCUCGGCAGCAUCAUCUCCCUCCUCCCCACCGAGGAAGGCGCCCGCACGCAGGCCAUCUCUCGCCGGUGGCUUCCCCUCUGGCGCUCCGCGCCACUUAAUCUCGUGGUUAAAUUUGAAGUGGACAUCAAGAAAGGCAAGCUCAUCGCAUCAGCCUCUAACAUCAAGCUCAUCGCCUCAGUCUCGAAGAUCCUCUCUGAGCACCAUGGCCAUGCCCGCCGCUUAUCGCUCUGGCUGCUCAACGCUGCCGACUUCCCCGCGCCUGGCGGGGGGUGCAAUAUCGAUGGCUGGCUUCGCUCUCAAGCCCUCGACGGCCUACAGGAGCUCAAUUUCGACUACACGAGUGAGCGUGACAUGCCGCUGUCUGUGUUUCGUUUUGCUCCCACGCUCCGUGUCGCCAAGUUCAGCUUUUGCCGUUUCCCCGAAUAUAUUUCCACAAUGCGGCUGAAUUUCCCGUGUCUCAAGCAGCUUGAGCUGUUCGGUGUCAACAUUACCGAGGAUGGUCUCCACAGCAUGCUCUCUGGCUGCAUUGCCUUGGAAAGCCUUGACUUGAGGCAUGCUUUUGGCAUAGCUGGCCUCUGCAUCAGCUCCCAAACUCUUAGGAGCUUGUGUUUCUCCGCUCACAGUAAAAAAGGUGUUACUUCGCAGCUAGUCAUCAAGGAUGCCCCGUCUCUUGAAAGAUUGCUACUGCUGCCACCUAGUCUAGACAAUGUUCGAGUGAUCAUCCGGAUGAUCCGGACACCUAAACUGGAGAUAUUGUGUUUGCGAUUUCAAGGCAUCUCAAAACUUCAGUUUGGAACAACAAUUUUUCAGAAAAUGAUUGCUGUAAGCUUAACAACCAAAAUUCGCACCAUGAAGGUUUUGGUUCUUGAUUCUAUUGGCCCUAAUCUGGAUGCAGUUGUUGACUUCCUCAAGUGUUUCCCCUGCUUGGUGAGCCUGUAUAUCAUUUCAGAUCCAACAAAGGAUAUGAAUAAUGCGAGGGAGUAUGACCCGUUGGAUCCAAUUGAGUGCCUUGAGCUCCAUCUAAAGAAAGUGGUGUUGAUGAAUUAUGAUGGCAGCAAGAAGCCAUCUGUUGACUUUGCCAAGUUCUUUGUUCUGAAUGCUAAAUUGCUAAAAGAAAUGGAAAUCCAAGUCAUUAACAACAGAAACGACGACUGGAUGACUAAUCAACAGAAGCAGCUAUGUGUGGAAAAUAGGGCUUCUCGAGAUGCCCGGAUUGAACUGAAAAUCGACACUAGGAAAUCACACAUACGCAUGGAUACCCAUGAUUUGUCAAUGGCAGAUCCAUUUGACAGCAGGCCCUUUCAUUGAUACUACAAAUGUAGUUGAUGCCCAUUCCCAAGAUUGUGUUGCUCUGUCGAAAGUACAAUAUUUUGUAUGUCUGUCUUGGUCUGUAACCUAAUGCUGUCCACCCUUCAAUUGCUCAGGAUUGAGGAGGGAGUGUAACUAGUUUGUAAGCUCAAGCUUCAAAUCCAAACCUGGGAAGUUCAAGCUGCUAAUAGAAUGCUAGUUUAAGCUGCUAAGUUUAGCUGGUAUUGGUUGCUACGUUGCUGUUUGGUGUUGUAUUGAUGGUACACCAGCAGCUACUAUAUCUCUGUUUUGAGCACUCGCUUUAAUGAAAAAGA